UUUGACAGUUAGACAUUCGGCUUAUCCUUGCUUACAUGAGUCAGCUUGCUCUUUGUUCUUGGAAUAAGGUAAUUCAACUAUAAAAGCAGCUCUCCAAAUACCCAAACAUUAAUUGCUGGUUUAUUUUAUGUCAGAUGUGUUUCUCUGUAUAGGAUUAAUUUUACAUAAAAAAAUUCUGCAACAGUUUCUUUGGCAUUAAGAGUCUAAUAUUUAGCAGAUGAACAUUUGACUUCUCUUCGAAUAGAUGAGUCAAGUUGCUCUUUUGUCUUGGAAUCAGGUAAUUCGAAUAUAAAAGCAGUUCAAACAUUCAUUUACUUGAGAUAUAGAACAUCAGGAAAGAUGAGGACAGUGUGAAGCCUGGGGUGUCCGAGCUAAUCAAUGUCGGUGUAUCAUUGUUUGUUUUCUCUGUUCCUGCGUGUGUGCCAGUGCUAUGCUGAUUAUAUAUCCCAGGCCUAUAACAUGAUUAGAUAAUAUAUCAUAGUUACCGUAUGUUCUAUCUCACAAGCUGAGGUUUCCUUUAUGAUACCUUUGUUUUAUUUUGUGUGUAUUUAGUUUAAUUGGUAUUGAUUCAUCAUUUUCUUUCAUUACUGUAUUAUAAAUACAUUAAUGUGAACUACAUUUUAUGCAAUAAUCAUUGAUUUAAAAGCAUAAAAAAUACAUGGUUUCUUAAAUAUACUGAACUAUAGAAUUUUUAUCAAAAUCAUGGAAUCCACUGAAAAUGUGUUUCCCUGCCUUAUCUGUGAUGAAAACUUUUCAUCAGGGCCAAGUUUGGAAAAGCAUAUGUUUUUGCACAUUUACUAUGGAACUGGCGAUUUGAAUGAAUAUGCAAACGGUAUGCCUAUCAACAUUAUGGAGAGGCAUUACGGAAAAGAUAUUGCAAGUGUAACUUCUUCACAAAGUGAUGGUGAAAAAAAACUCGAUGUUCCUGCGCAAUGUCAAGAAAGUGGUUCGAUCGAUGAAACUGGUACUGGGAAAAUUGAUGUAACCUAUAUAAAUACUAACAUCAGACCAGGGUCAAAUUUACAAACCAGCAAUGGAGGUAAACGAAUUCUUUGCCAAGAGUGUGGGAAGAACUUCAAAUCAAAGUCACAUUUAAACAGACAUAUGAGAACUCAUACUGGGGAAAAACCUUAUAUAUGUAAACAAUGUGGGAAGUCUUUUUCACAAUUAUCCAAUUUACAAGUGCAUAAGCGAACUCAUACUGGAGAAAAACCUUAUAUUUGUGAGAAAUGUAAAAAGGGCUUUUCACAACAAUCUCAUUUGCAAGUGCAUGAGCGUUCUCACAGCAAAGAAAAGCCUUAUGCUUGUAAACAAUGCGAAAAGCGUUUCUCGUGUAUAUCUGUUUUACGUGUGCAUGAGCGAACACAUACCGGAGAAAAACCUUAUGUUUGUAAACAAUGCGAAAAGCGGUUUUCUUGUUCAUCUGCUUUACUUAGACAUAAACGAAAUCACACUGGAGAGAAACCUUAUAUUUGUAAACAAUGUGGAAAGUGUUUUUCGCGAUUAUCUCAUUUACGGAGGCAUGGAAGAACUCAUACUGGAGAGAAGCCCCAUGUUUGUAAACAAUGUGAAUUGUGUUUUUCAGAUUUAUCCAAUUUAAAAGUACAUGAGCGAAAACACACUGGAGAGAAACCUCAUAUAUGCAGAAAAUGUGGAAAAGAUUUCUUAUUGAAAUCAUAUUUACAAAAACAUAUGAUAAUUCAUACUGGAGAGAAAUAUCAUGAUUGAAAACAAUGGCAUUCAUUUACUUUGAAAGUGAACUCACACUGGAGAGAAACCUUAUAUUUGUAAACAAUGUGGAAAGAAUUUUUACAGUUAUUUCUUUUACGUAGGCAUGAGGUAACUCAUACUGGGGAGAAUCCCCUAUAUGUGGAAAGGUUUUUUCUGCAAAUAUCUAGUUUGCAAAAGCAUGAACGAAUUCAUAAAGAAGAGAGACCCUAUAAUUUUGCACAAUCUGGAAAGAGUUUUUUGCAGUCAUCUCAUUUACAAGUGCAUGCACAAACUCCUACUUGAAAGAAACCCUACGUUUGUAAAGAAUGUGGUAGUAAAUGUUUGCAUGUAUCCAGUUCACAUAGAUAUGAGAGAAUUCAUCGUACUGUAGAGAAGCCAUAUGUUUGUAAAUAAGUGUUAACACCGAUAGAGUCGUUGGAAAAACAUUUACUGACACACACACACGAUACACUCUAUAAGCAUGAAUAAUUAGCAAAGGUGAAAUUGAAUCUAUAGAAUAGUUUUUAAAUUUUUUUAAGAUGAUUCGAAAUCUUUUUGACAUUCGCGUAGAUAAUAUCACCUACUCACAUUUGCGCAUUAAACAGCUCGACCUGUCUAUCUUUUUAAAUAACAUUGUUAGUCCGUCCUCGCUUUGUAAUUUACUAAUAAUUAUUAUAUUUGUAAUCAACAGUUUUUUACAAUAAACGAUGACAUGAAACCUU